UAUUUUUUUAAACAAAGAGCCUGAACUCUGUAAAACAUUAGUUGAUACAGAGAAGAGCUCAGGUGCAGCUAAGGUGGAAAGUAGGGGAAGACAAUUCUAUUAAGCUAUGAGAAUGCACAGGAAGGUUUUGUUUGGCUUAUGUGUUUGUUUGGCUUGGUUUAGAUUUGUUAAUUUGCUUUAAUUUUAACCAUUAAUGUAAACAUAUUUGAUGAAUAUGCAUUCCAGAAAUAGUUAUGGGAUAAAACUUGAAUGAACAAUAAUUGAAAUAUCUUCAGUUCCAAAAAGACAUAGGUGUUCUUAAUUGCCUUCGGUUUUUUUUUUGUUUUUUUUUGCAUUAAAAAUAGUUGCCUGAGUCUAUCUUCCAAAACAACAAAAAGUUCAAUUGUAAGAUCUGAGAUGAAUUGCGAAGUUCUCAGAAUGCAUUUUUUUUAAUUCAUUUCUCAACUGUAAAUGCCAAGGACUCUGAAUAAGGCUUUGUCAUGUGCUGGACCUAUCUGCUUGCUGAGGAGGUAGCACUGGCCUUGAAUGGAGCCGGCAGUGUUGACUUAGUUACGCUGCCACCCGGAAAGUGUAGAGCAGGUCCUUUGACAGGUGAGAGCCUUGCUGGACAUGUCAGUAUCACAGGCGGGAGAUGAGGCCAUUAUGUCUGAAGAAAUUAAAAUAUAUUUUUAACAGACAAUUUCAUCACCACUGGAAAAUCCUAAUGCAGAAUUUAAGAAGGGGCAUAUAUAUGUGUUUAUAACUGUUGCAUUAGUAAACAGCAACUAAAUGUGGUUGUUAAUUAUUAUCUGGUGGUUAGGGAUCAGAGCUACCUUUCUUCAGAUCCAAGUGGCGACCUAUGUGGUAAGCUCCUAUGUGACAAAAAUUCGGGGUUGGUGUGCUUAUAGUAUUUACUUUCUCAAGGUGUGGUUUAUUCUUUUAUGGUACCUGUCAGUUCUGGCUUAAACAUACCCAGGAAGUUCAUAUAUACUGAACAAAGAACUAGUGACCUUACUUGAGUUUUGUCCUUCCUCCUGUUCUAAAAUUGACAGUCCUUGAGGGCAUGUCCUGGAAUGAUUUGUCCUGCUCUAGCUCAAUGGUGACAGUCUGUAUUUUACCUCUCUAGUCAUUUAUCAAGCAACUUCAAUGUGCUGUGGCAAAGUACAGAGUGACAGACAUACAGGCUAGGCAAGGUGAUUAUUCUACAUGUAUUCCUACUUCAUUGGAGGCAGGAUUUUGUAUUCUGACAAGUAAAUGGUAUAGGUGUAUGGGAAAGAGUAGAAGCCACUGAAGUAUUUUGCCAGAAUUCUCAUGUUACAGUAUCAAAAAAUGCCAAGAACAAUGACAGUGCACGUUACAAUGUUCCUUUCAAAUAAUAACAAAGCUUCACUCAGCUGAUAGGCGGAACCCUCCAACUGCAAUGUGUCUUACUGGGGAGACAUGACAAGCAGGUCAUUGAACACACUGCACAGAGGUAAACGACCUGUAUAUUUUCCAAUCACAAUUGGAAUUUUAAGUGAGUGGGAUAGAAUAAACUCAGUUUGGAAUUUGAAAUAAAUUCGGCUUGGAAUGUGUUUGAGACCAAGGUUUAUACAAGAGCUACACAAAGCUUUCAGCUCGAAACAUGACAUGAGGUGAAAUGUUCCUGGCACCUUAGAGCCAGACAGGGGUCUCCAGAAGACCAGGGCACAGACACUGGGUCAACAGCUAUUUAUUUCUCCUUGAGAAGGACACAUAGGGGCUUACUUAAUACCCUGGGGUGGGGAUAACAUGCCACCUGGUAGGUGGAAAUGUCUACACUUUCUCAGAGGUGGAUUUUUAGUUUGGUGUUGCCAAUAAAAUCUUUAACCACAUUGCCAUUUUUCUUUCUCUUGAUAUCUGCCUAAAUAAUUCAAAGCCACUGCACAUAGUAACUGAUUAGAAAAAAGGAGAAGUGGUUGGGAAAAACACGAGUCAACUUCUGAUAAUUCUGAGCAACCACUCACAGCAACUUAACUGGCCCAGCUGUUAGAGCGGUUUUCUCCAGUGCAGACUCUGCUGAUCCGAGAGCUCUGCGAGGUUCAGCAAGGAGGGAGGCCAGGGUGUGCACAAGGCUGAAGGGUUGAUCAGUAACUGACAGUACAUCUAAGGUCAUUUUAAGUAAUACAAAGACUCACUCUGCACAGGUGAAGAACUGACAUGUUUCCUAGGAGUUUAGAGAUACUGGUUUAGCUCGGGCUGUGGGGAGGUGCAGGAUGCUACACUCCCAGAAAGAGCAUCUGCAAAUUAACACACUAGCCAAGGGGGCUGACUCAGAAUACAGAGAAGUAGAGAAAUAAAAAAGGAGUUUAGGUCAGCAGAUUAGCUAGAGAUCGUUAGAAGUGAAGUGGCGGAGUGGGAGAGCCAGGAACACAGAAAGUGGUGCUAGUCCUCAGAGCGUGCACACUGCUUGGUCUGAGUCUGCAGUUGUUGGGAGGGUGGAAUCAGUCCCUUGCACCGAGUAUUACGCUUUCCCACUUUAAACAGUAGCAUGUGAUCAUGUAGUCCUUCUUCGAGUUCAGGUAAAACCAAGAUAAAGGGCUCUUUCAGCAAAUAUUUGUUUUCCCAGCAGCGGCAGACUUGCCGUGUUCCAGUUUCGGGGCAGCUCUGCCAUGUGUCCAGGUUCCGCUGCUUGGAGCUCUCCAUAAUUAUCCCUGCUGUAGACUCAAAGCAAGCAGAUUGCAGCAAGCCACUGAGCACUGCUGGCCAUUUCACCUGGGAAGCUUAGUACUGCUGUCUUGUUACAGCCUAAGACGUUUGGGGGUCAUCAGCUCACAGAAAUGUCUCCUGACUAUGAACACGCCUUCAGCAUGUGUCCAUUGAAGACUAUGUCAAAGAGUCACAAUGACCUUGCACAAUAACAAUACAACUUCGUCUUUGUUUCCAAACAUCAGCUCUUUCUGGAUACCUGGCUCCCCAGAUUCAGGGCUGCCCCCAGGAACAGGCACUCAUUUUGGCAGUCACAACAAUUCUCGAGCAGCUGGGAAUUUCUCUGUUUCAAAUGGCACCAUCAGUGACCCUCUGGGAGGUCAUACCAUCUGGCAGGUGGUCUUCAUUGCAUUCUUAACAGGUAUCCUGGCCCUGGUGACCAUCAUUGGAAAUAUCUUAGUGAUAGUGGCAUUUAAGGUCAACAAGCAACUGAAGACAGUCAAUAACUACUUCCUCUUAAGCCUUGCCUGUGCUGAUCUGAUUAUUGGGGUCAUUUCAAUGAAUCUGUUUACUACCUACAUCAUCAUGAAUCGAUGGGCUUUAGGGAACUUGGCCUGUGACCUCUGGCUGUCCAUUGACUACGUGGCUAGCAAUGCAUCAGUUAUGAAUCUUCUGGUGAUUAGCUUUGACAGGUACUUUUCCAUUACAAGGCCACUCACAUACAGGGCCAAACGAACAACAAAAAGAGCUGGUGUGAUGAUAGGUCUGGCUUGGGUCAUCUCCUUUGUCCUUUGGGCUCCUGCCAUCUUGUUCUGGCAGUACUUUGUUGGGAAGAGAACUGUGCCCCCAGGGGAGUGCUUCAUUCAGUUCCUUAGUGAGCCCACCAUUACCUUUGGCACAGCUAUUGCCGCCUUUUAUAUGCCUGUCACCAUUAUGACAAUUUUAUACUGGAGGAUCUAUAAGGAAACUGAAAAACGCACCAAAGAGCUUGCUGGGCUACAAGCCUCUGGGACAGAAGCAGAGGCAGAAAACUUUGUCCAACCCACAGGCAGUUCUCGAAGUUGCAGCAGCUAUGAGCUUCAACAGCAAAGCAUCAAACGCUCAGCCAGGAGAAAGUACGGUUGCUGCAACUUCUGGUUCCCAACCAAGAGCUGGAAGCCCAGUGCUGAGCACAUAGACCAAGACCACAGCAGCAGUGACAGCUGGAACAACAACGAUGCUGCUGCCUCCCUGGAAAACUCUGCGUCCUCUGAUGAGGAAGACAUUGGCUCAGAGACAAGAGCCAUCUACUCCAUUGUGCUCAAGCUUCCAGGUCACAGCACCAUCCUCAACUCCACCAAAUUACCCUCAUCUGAUAACCUGCAGGUGCCCAAUGAAGAGCUUGGGUCAGUAGACUUGGAGAAAAAGGCCAGCAAACUGCAGGCCCAGAGGAGCAUGGAUGAUGGAGGCAGUUUUCAAAAAAGCUUCUCCAAGCUCCCCAUCCAGUUAGAGUCAGCCGUGGACUCAGCCAAGACUUCUGACAUCAACUCCUCGGUGGGUAAGACCACGGCCACUCUACCUCUGUCCUUCAAGGAAGCCACCCUGGCCAAGAGGUUUGCUCUGAAGACCAGAAGUCAGAUCACUAAGCGAAAACGGAUGUCACUCAUCAAGGAGAAGAAAGCAGCCCAGACCCUCAGCGCCAUCUUGCUUGCCUUCAUCAUCACCUGGACCCCCUACAAUAUUAUGGUUCUGGUGAACACCUUUUGUGACAGCUGUAUACCCAAAACCUAUUGGAAUCUGGGCUACUGGCUUUGCUACAUCAACAGCACCGUGAACCCCGUGUGCUAUGCCCUGUGUAACAAAACAUUCAGAACCACUUUCAAGAUGUUGCUGCUAUGCCAAUGUGACAAAAGGAAGAGGCGCAAACAGCAGUACCAGCAAAGACAGUCAGUGAUUUUUCACAAGCGCGUGCCUGAGCAGGACUUGUAGAAUGAGGUUUUGUCAAUAGCAGUGACCAAAUGCACACAUCAACCCACAAACCUUAGCAGGGAGUCAGGAGGAAUGGGUGAUUUCUGGUGAUGAUAAAAAUGUUCCUAUCAGAUGAGAAAGAAGCUGCCUGUUUACUGAACCAUUGGAUAAAAGGUCCCAUUUUAAUAUAAAAAGUCAAAUAGCAAUUCAGCAAAAAAAAAAACAUAUUACUGAAUAUAAAGAAAUUUCUUCUGAAAUAGACUUUAAGUGUUUUUUCUUAAAGGGGAAAAUUAUUUCAUAGCAAUUAUACACCAAAAUUGAUCUGCAUAGUUCUUUUAAUUUCAUUUAGUUCAGGAAUUUCAGAUAAGCAUUACUAGCUGCCCUAGAUGCCACAUUUUUUACAAGAAUCCCAAAAGUGCUGAUUCAGAUUUUUCUUCAGAACAGGUCAGACUAGUGAAUUGGCAGUUCUGAAGUUAUUUCAUACAUUGCUAAGCUGAACGUUCUUGUCCCAAUAGAACUUUCUGUCUUCUCUUUGGCGUGUUGUUAUACUCUAUUUGCGGACUUGAUUCUUACUUCUGCAAAGUACUGUUUAGUGCAGUCCAAGUUUUGUACAAAUAAAAAUCUGUAAGUAUAUAUGUGUGUGUGAGCUCCACCUACACACACACACACAAUGUAUAAUAUAAUGGGAAUCACUUAACUGACAAAUUAUUCCUACAAUAUAUGCUUUCAGUACUUUGGUAACUGAAGUUCUCUAGGAUCCUAACACAACAUAAAAGUGAAAUAAAACCUGUGUGGUGUUUUCAAAACCAGGGAUGUUUUAGACAAACCAUCCUGGGAAUACUCAGUGGAGAGCAGCCCUGCCUUUCGGCAGGUCUGGACAGAGUGGACCCCCUUGUGAUCAAGGUCAGGCACCAUGGCUUGACCAGACUCUGAGAGUAAACUAUCAUUUUGUUGAUAUCCUCAACAGAGCUAAAUCAAAUUGGGCCCUCUGAGCUCAAAAAAUAAACCAUGUCCGCAUGUGUGAAUUUGAUCGUUCAUUUCUGAAUGUGUCCAAAGAAAACUUCUGCUACCUAAACUGCUUACAACUCAAUAGUAGUGUCAUGUUUAAAAGUCAUACACAUCAAUCCAUAUAGCAAAGCAAAAAGACAUUGUGAGGGGUGACGAAGAAGAACCUGGCGUUUAAUUUCUUGCUACCUGGCAUCUUCUAAAUGAAAAACUUACAUCUCUGUUACUUAGCUCUGGCCAGUGCUUCCUGAUCUUUAUCUUGUGACUUUCACCUAGUAGGUGGAGCUUAGGAAGCUGCAUGUCCUCUGAAGAGAGAAUUACAGUUUGAAAAGUUAUGCUUCAAAUUGACUUUUUAAAAGUUUUUUAAAAAUUAUUUUAUCUUGUUCUCUGAAUUGACCAAAAUGUUAAAUGUUCUAUUUGGGGGAGGGGAGGGAUGCUGCUCUUAGUGUCAUUUUUUUUGCUGCUAUAAUUGUUGGGGGUCCCUUCUUUUCCUUUAAUGGGGUUGUGUGGGGGAGGGGGGAAGGGGUGGGGUGGCUGAGGAGCAAUCUUACCUUGUACAGGGCCUCCAUGAUGGCCAGAGUCAGGGUAGAAGCUGCUUUUGUAUUCAGUGUGAGCUGGUGUUUACAGAUGACUUUGACAACAGUGGACCUGUGCUCAGUGGUGUCUGUGUUUCUGAACUAUUUAAUUUUGUGUUAUGUUUAUACAAAGAAAUAUUUAUGCAUACUUCACCAAGUGUCUAUUUAAUGUUGAUAAAUAUUACUCUUCAGUCUUCUGCCAUGAUACCUUGAAAGUGAUUCUUCAAGGUCCACUAGACCAAUGAGAAGGGUACACUAAGCUUUCACAUGGCUAAGAAGAAAAAUGUCAUUCUGUGGGCAUCAACAAGUACCUAACUCUUUCUAGGUAAUAAAAAUUCAACUGUAACUUCAACAUAAAUGGCUAAAACCACUCUUUAGUUCAACUUGAUGAGGACUGAACAAAGCACUCUCCACCAUUGUGUUUGAAAUCACAUGACAAGGGGAAAAAACAAAUUGGUGUAAUUGAAUGAUUUUAUUUGGCCCACAUUUAACCAAAGAACAAGAAAAACUAAAAACUCUUUUCUAAUUGUAUAGACUGUAAUGUUACCCACUUGUGCAAUGUCUAGUGAGCAAUUGCAUCUAUAUUUAAUUACUCAAGUUGGCCUGACGCUAAUAAAUGUGUGAAUGCUGAUUCAAGUCUCCCCGUACUUCAGUAAUUUUCAUUAUUUUGAAAGCUCUGAAACUGCCUCCAUGUCAAAGGGCUAUUUCUUGUAUUAAAAACAAGGUCAAUAAAUAGAAUUAAAUUUAAGAAAUGGAGAAACCCUGAGCUUUGGAAGAACUGCAAAGGUUAAUAACAAUUCUUAACCACGAUUAUCUCCUGAUCCUUGACCUUUUAUGAGGCUAAAAAUGGCAGAGAAGAUUCAAAUCCAAGACUUCAUUUCUUCUUUUCUGUUACUGGUUUAAUCAGAUAAUUGUUUUCACAUUUCCUGUGGAUAAAAGUUGAUUUAAAAUACUUAUUGGCUGUGCUUAUAGAAAGGUAUGUCCAACUUUUAGAUCACUUACAGAAAAAGGAAAAUAAGAAAAACCCAUUACUUUGCAUAUGGACAAUUUAGAAGUAAAAUUAAAGAUGUAGUUUUUGUAACCAGACAUAGCUGCCCCUGCAUUUCUCCAGGGGCUGUCAUCAGAAAAGAUAUGCAGCAUUUAAAUUCCCAAAUGGGAAAUCACACUAUUUUAUUCCACAUGAAUCAAGUUUGAAAAUCUUUCAUGAUUUAUUUUAUUUAAAAGAG